AUGUGGUCCGACAGCGACACCGAGGCGAGGUCGGACGAGGAACUGCUGCCGAAGGGGCCCGGCGAGGAGCAACAGUCUUUCCGAGCCGGGCGGUUCCUCAAGGCUGGCGUGAUCUUGUUCGUCGGCAUCGUGGCAGCAGCAGCCGUCGUGCACGCCGGCGCCACGCAUGCAGCCCGGGCGGUCGCACCGAGGGGGAGCGUCUCCCUCCGCGGCGCCCGCGUCGGCGACGUCGUGCAGGAGAGCCUCUGGGACAGCAUCCAGGACACGGUCAAUGGUGUUGUCAACAUGACCCAGGGCGCAGCUGGCAGCACGGAGGAGGUGGCCGACGCAGCGACCAAGACGGCGGGAGACGCUGCCGACGGCGCCAAGGAUGCGCUGGACAAUGUCACGGAUUCUAAGGGCGGCCUGGUGUCGGCCGCGACGCAGGCCGCGAGUGGCGCCAAGAAGGCUGCGAGCGGCGCCGUGGAUGCUGGGUCGAAGGCGGCGAAGGACGCCGCCGGCAAGCUGGACAAGACGGGCGCCGGAAAGGCCGUGGGCGACCUGGCCGCGGGCGCGAAGGGAGCGGCUGGCAAGGCGCAGAGCGCCGCCAAGGAGGCCCUCGACGGCCUCGACGGCAGCAGCGUGAAGGAUGCUGCCAAGGGGGCCGCCAAGGGUGCCAAGGAUUCCGCGAAGGGCCUCGCGGAUGCUGCGGGCAAGGCGAAGAAGAAGGGCAUGGACGCCGCGGGCGAUGUCCUCAGCGGCACGAAGCUGGACGUCUCCGCGGCAGUGUGCCUGGAGGGACAGAAGAGGUGGGCAGAGCAGAGGCAGAGCCGGGAGAUAUGA